UGCCCGAUACUCGGAGUUUACCGGCCAGCAAACCCUGUCUCAUCACAUGUCAAUUUCCCUCCAUAAGUUCCCCAGCAUUCUCUCUUCUCUCUCAGCCCUUCUCAGCUCAUGCAAAUCCCAAAACCAGCUCUACCAAAUCCAUGUCCACAUAAUUAAACAAGGCCUGCACCGCGAUCAGUUUCUCAUCAGCCAUAUUAUUUCCCUUUCCGCUUCCCUCUCCUACUCCACUUCCAUUUUCGAUAUCUUUGUCCUGCCGGGCACUUUCCUUUGGAACUCUCUCCUUAAUGGGUACUCCAAAAAAUCCUCUUUUCUCCAAAUGUUCUCGGUUUUUAUACGCAUGAAGAGUGAAGGUGGGCUUCCUGAUAAGUACACUUAUCCUUUGGUGAUUAAAGCUUGUUCAAGUGAGGUUAAGUCAUGGGAGGGGAAAAUGGUACACGGAUUAGCUUUAAAAGGUGGAUGCAAAAAAGAUGUUUUUGUCGGGACGAGUUUGGUUGACUUUUAUUCGAAAGUUAAGGAAAUAUUGAAUGCGAAGAAAGUGUUUGAUGAAAUGCCGGAGCGAAAUGUUGUGUCGUGGACGGCUUUGGUCGUUGGCUAUGUCAAGGUUGGUGAUUUUGCGGAAGCAAAGAAACUGUUUGAUUUGAUGCCGCAGAGUAAUGUGACUUCGUGGAAUGCUUUGGUGCAUUUGUUGGUCAAAACAGGGGAUUUGGGGAAUGCUAGGAAAAUGUUUGAGGAUAUGCCUGAAAGAAAUGUGAUUUCUUAUACUACGAUGAUUGAUGGUUAUGCAAAGGCCGGGGAUAUGGCGUCGGCAAUGCAUUUGUUUGAGCAGGCUCCGGAGAGAGAUAUCGUUGCGUGGUCGGCAAUGAUUUCAGGAUAUGAACAAAAUGGUCAACCUAAUGAAGCUGUCAGGAUGUUUAUUAGUAUGUGGGAAAUGGAUGUUAAACCGGAUAAAUUUAUUCUGGUUAGCUUGAUAUCGGCUUGUUCUCAGGUGGGUAAUUUGGAGUUGGCUAAGUGGAUUGAUAGUUAUUUAAGCCGAAGUGAUAUUGAUGUUAGCCAAAAACAUGUUUUAGCAGCUCUUAUUGAUAUGAAUGCGAAGUGUGGGAAAAUGGAAAGAGCAGCUAAGUUGUUUGAGGAGAUGCCAGAACGGGAUCUAGUUUCAUAUUGCUCUAUGAUACAAGGAUUGGCUAUCCAUGGGCAACAGGCUCAAGCUAUUCAGCUUUUCAAUAGGAUGAUUAACGAAGGACUGGUUCCAGAUGAAGUAGCCUUCACUAUAAUUCUGAAUGCUUGUAGUAGUGCUGGGCUUGUUGAGGAAGGUUGGCAUUAUUUUAAAAUCAUGAAAAUCGAUUACUCUAUUGUUCCUACACCAGAUCAUUAUGCUUGCAUGGUUGAUCUCUUAAGUCGGACAGGACGGGUAAAAGCAGCCUAUGAUCUUUUAAAAUCUAUGCCUGUGGAGCCUCAUGCUGGUGCUUGGGGUGCACUUCUUGGGGCCUGUAAGUUGCAUUGUGAUGUCGAGUUAGGGGAGUUGGCUGCUGCUAAGUUGAAUGACCUUGAACCUCUAAAUGCUGCUAAUUAUGUGUUGUUAUCCAACAUUUAUGCCGACGCAAAGCAAUGGGUGAAUGUUGCUCAUGUGAGGAAUAAAAUGAAGGAGCAGGGUCUGAGGAAAGUACCUGGUUGCAGUUGGAUUUAAUUUACCAUGUUAAUUUGUUAUUGGCUUUGAGAA